AUGGCAUCCAGAGGACAAGAAGCUUAUUCUGAAGCAGCAACUGUAGUGGAUAAGAUAAUUGGUUCAAUUCGAACUGUUGCGUCAUUUACUGGUGAGAAACAAGCUAUAGCUCAAUACAAUCAAUACUUAACUAAAGCUUACAGAAUUGGAGUUCAAGAGGGUGUUGUGAGUGGUUUUGGCUUGGGUUUAAUGCAUUUAUUUUCAAUCUGUACUUACGGUUUGGCAACAUGGUUUGGAGGGAAGAUGGUACUGGAUAAAGGUUACACAGGAGGACAAGUCAUCUGUGUAUUUUCAUUAAUAUUGUCCGGUUCCUUUCGUCUGGGGCAAGUAUCUCCAAGCUUAACUGCAUUUGCUGCAGGCCAAGCUGCUGCCUUUAAAAUGUUUGAAACAAUAGAACGGCAGCCGGAUAUUGAUGUUUGUGACACUGGUAGUCGACAGCCAGAUGAUAUUUCCGGAAAUAUUGAACUUAGGGAGGUCUGCUUUAGUUAUCCUUCCAGACCAGAUGAAUUGAUAUUCGAUCGAUUUUCCAUUUCAAUAUCAAGUGGCACUACUGCAGCUUUGGUAGGGCAAAGUGGGAGUGGGAAAUCAACAGUUAUUAGUUUAAUUGACAGAUUUUAUGAUCCAAACGCUGGUGAAGUUCUCAUUGAUGGUAUCAACCUCAGAGAAUUUCAAUUGAAGUGGAUCAGACAGAAAAUUGGCCUUGUCAGCCAGGAGCCAGUUCUUUUUACUUGCAGCAUUAAAGAGAAUAUUGCCUAUGGAAAGGAUGGGGCAACAGAUGAAGAAAUCAGAGCUGCAGCUGAACUUGCAAAUGCUUCUAAUUUCAUAGAUAAACUACCUCACGGACUUGACACAAAGGUUGGCGAGCGUGGACUUCAGAUCUCUGGAGGUCAAAAACAAAGAAUAUCUAUAGCAAGAGCAGUACUGAAGGACCCAAGAAUUCUGCUCCUUGAUGAAGCCACAAGUGCUCUUGAUGUAGAAUCAGAGAGAGUGGUGCAGGAGACACUAGACAGAAUUAUGAUCAACAGAACAACUGUCAUUGUAGCCCAUCGCUUAAGCACGAUCAGGAAUUCUGAUAUCAUUGCAGUUAUUCAUCAAGGAAAACUACAAGAAAAAGUUUCGUUUUUCCGCAUUGCUUAUCUUAACAAACCUGAAAUCCCAGUGUUACUGAUGGGGGCUCUGGCAGCUGCUGCAACUGGCGCAAUACUACCCACCAUGGGGUUUCUUCUUUCUCACUCGAUAAGUACUUUCUUUGAGCCUGCAGAUGAACUCCAUAAAGAUUCAAAGUUUUGGUCUUUACUAUUUCUUUCCCUCAGUGUUGCCUCCUUCAUAUUUCAUCCGUUAAGGUCUUACUCUUUCGCGGUAGCUGGUUCUAGGUUGAUAAAAAGGAUCCGCCUGAUGUGUUUUGAGAAAAUAAUUCACAUGGAAAUGGGCUGGUUUGAUAAAGAUGAAAAUUCAUGUGGAACACUUGGAGCAAGGCUGUCAACUGAUGCAGUUUCUAUUCGAACAUUGGUCGGGGAUGCUCUAGGUUUGCUUGUUCAGGAUAUUGCUACAACAACUACAGCAUUGGCAAUUGCCUUUGCGGCAAACUGGCAGCUUUCCCUCAUUGUUGUUUUCUUAGUACCUCUCUUAUUACUGAAUGGAUAUGUUCAAAUGAAGUCAAUGCAAGGAUUCCGAACUGAAGCAAAGAAACUGUACGAGGAAGCAAGUCAAGUAGCAAAUGAUGCAGUAGGGAAUAUAAGAACAGUUGCCGCUUUCUGUGCUGAAGAGAAGGUGAUGGAAUUAUACCAGAAGAAAUGUGUAGGGCCAAUCCAGACAAGUAUAAGGCAAGGUUUAGUCAGCGGAACAGGUUUCGGUUUAUCACUCUUCUUUCUGUUUUCAGUUAACGCCUGCAGCUUUUAUGCUGGAGCAAGACUCGUUCAGAAUGGCAAAGCGUCAUCAUCAGAUGUUUUCCGUGUAUUUUAUGCCCUCAUGAUGGCAGCUAUAGCAAUGUCACAAUCUAGUUUCAUGGCUCCAGCUGCUAGUAAAGGAAAAAGCUCCGUUGCUUCUGUAUUUGCCAUUCUUAAUCAGAAAUCAAGAAUAGAUCCCAGCGAUGAGUCCGGAAUGACAUUGGAAGAAGUGAAGGGAGAGAUUGAGUACAGUCAUGUCACUUUCAAGUAUCCAACCAGGCCAAAUGUUGUUGUACUCAAAGAUUUUUCCUUGACCAUUCAAGCCGGAGAGACAGUUGCUCUAGUUGGUGAAAGUGGAAGUGGAAAGUCAACAGCGAUCUCAUUAUUACAAAGAUUUUACGAACCAGAAUCAGGUCAGAUUACAGUGGAUGGAACAGAAAUCCAAAAGCUAAAACUUAGAUGGUUUAGGCAGCAGAUGGGUCUGGUAAGCCAGGAGCCUGUGUUGUUUAAUGAUACCAUUCGAGCCAAUAUUGCAUAUGGAAAAGGUGGUGAUGCAACAGAAGCUGAAAUUAUAGCUGCAGCAGAAUUGGCAAAUGCACACAAGUUCAUUAGCAGUUUGCAGCAGGGCUAUGAUACAUUGGUGGGAGAGAGAGGGAUUCAACUAUCUGGAGGGCAGAAGCAGCGGGUGGCAAUUGCAAGAGCCAUAAUGAAGAAUCCAAAAAUAUUACUACUAGAUGAAGCCACAAGUGCACUUGAUGCCGAGUCUGAAAGAGUGGUCCAGGAUGCACUUGAUCGAGUGAGGUUGGACAGAACCACCAUUGUGGUGGCUCAUAGGCUAUCAUCCAUAAAGGAUGCAGAUUCAAUUGCAGUGCUUAAAAAUGGAGUCAUUGAAGAGAAAGGAAAGCAUGAGACCUUGAUUAACAAAUGUGGUACAUAUGCUUCUUUAGUUGCACUGCAUAUCACUGUUGCUUCAUCAUAGACCCUUUUACUUCAUUCCACCAAUUAUCUUAUAGCUUGUUAAAUAUUUGCUUUAUGUAUUUCUCAUUCUGUUUUUGCU